GGGAACGAGAGUUUGAGAAGUAGCGCUGCUUUUGCUCGGCGAAACGAACACCCGAUGAUACAGCGCUGCAUUUAUAAUCGGCAGGUAAACAGACAUGUGUGUUGCAGCUUGGCUCAUGAAGGAAGUAAUGUAGAGUCAAAUCAACGCAUUUGACGUUACCUUGCAUUCAUUCCAAGGUCCUUUUGUCAGAGGAAAUAAGUAAUAUCCGGCAAAAUGCCAUCACCACAAGUCCCCCAGCCUGUUCUUAAGAUGAAGGUGGACGAGCUAUUUCUCAACUGGUUGAGUGAUGAUGCAACACAGUCUCUACUCAAAGACUAUCUCGACCUAAUCAAAAGUGGACAAUACAUUGACUUGAGCAGUGGAGACGCCCAGGACAAGAAGUCAAUGUCCUUCAAUGAAAACAACAACGUGGCAUCCCAAAGGAACCUUGUAGAGAAGAAGCCAUCUCCUCUUGGUACUCCCUCCAGCCCCCCGUCUGCCAGCACACUACCUUCUGGCAGUAGCAGUAAUACCAGAAUGACCGGACCCAAUGGCAGAGUACUACGGAGGUCUGUCAGCACAAAGAAGGCCCAGGUGAGGACGGAGAAGCCCGUCACCACAGCGCUGAGUGAAAGCAUUCCAAAGUUUUACUUCCCAAAGGGACGGCCGCAAGCCAACAUCAACAUCGACAGCCUCAUUUCCAAAAUUGAGAAAAUAUUUUCCCAAUUCCCAAAUGAAAGGGCCACCAUUGAGGACAUGGGGCAGGUCGCCAAGGCCUGUGAGUGUCCUUUCUACUGGAAGAUGCCAUUGUUUGGCUUGGCUGGAGGCGACAGGACCGGCUUCGUGUCCGUUCACAAGUUCGUGGCUAUGUGGAGAAAGACUCUGCAGACCUGUCACGACGACGCUUCGAAAUUCGUGCACCUCUUGGCCAAGCCUGGCUGUAAUUACCUGGAACAAGACGACUUUAUUCCAUUCCUGCAGGAUGUGGUGAACACACACGCAGGCCUGGCCUUCCUGAAGGAAGCCCCGGACUUUCACUCACGAUACAUCACAACGGUGAUUCAGAGGAUAUUCUACAAUGUGAAUCGUUCAUGGACCGGAAAAAUAACAUGUUGUGAGCUCAGGAAAAGUAACUUGCUUCAGAAUCUGGCGCUGCUGGAGCAGGAAGAGGACGUGAACCAGCUGACGGACUUCUUCUCUUACGAACAUUUCUACGUUAUCUACUGCAAGUUCUGGGAGUUGGACACUGACCACGACCUGUACAUAGACCAGAAAGACCUGGCUCAGCACAACGACCAAGCCCUUUCCCAGAAGAUGAUUGAGAGGAUAUUCUCAGGGACCGUCACAAGAGACAGAAAAGUGUACAAGGAGGGCCGGCUGAGUUACGCUGAUUUUGUCUGGUUCCUCAUCUCCGAGGAGGACAAGAAGACCGACACCAGUAUAGAGUACUGGUUCCGCUGUAUGGACCUGGACGGCGACGGGGUGCUCAGCAUGUACGAGCUGGAGUACUUUUACGAGGAUCAGUGCCAAAAGCUGGAGACCAUGGCCAUCGAGCCCCUUCCCUUCGAGGACUUCCUCUGCCAAAUGCUGGACCUGGUCAAACCGGAAGUCGAAGGUAAGAUCACUCUGCGGGAUCUUAAGAGGUGCAAGUUGUCCCACAUCUUCUUCGACACCUUCUUCAACAUCGAGAAGUACCUGGACCACGAGCAGAAGGACCCGUUCUCUAUCAUCAGGGAGAUGGAGACGGACGGCCAGGAGUUCUCAGAUUGGGAGAAAUACGCUGCAGAGGAGUACGACAUCCUGGUGGCCGAGGAGGCGGCCAACGAUCAGUGCAACGACGUGAACACCACCAAUUUCUAAAGACAGGCCGCUAACCGGAGCAGGUAUGAAAAUCCGUUGAGCCCUUUGGGGCAGCACAUCUCCACGGAGCUGGGUCUGACUAAGAGACACUUCUUUCAGAUCCCCAGUCCACACUGCAACCUGGACCUGGAUGAAUAUGAAUAUGAAGAUGACUUUGAAUGACCUUGCAGCGUUUUCCCUCACCUGCCGAGUGCCGUGCGCUCCAGGAAACAGCCCAACCAGCCGUGUGAGUGCAUCAAGACAGACUCACAGGUUCAGGACAAACUUCAAUAAAACAGGAAGUGAACACAAAUCAGAGCACUGGUGGGGUCAGAUGUGCUGGAGAAAUGGACACAGUAUCACACAUUUGGACAGGAAAUAUGAUCCGAGCAGAAGGUGGUUGCUCACAUUACAGAAUGUUUGAAAUAUUUUCACCAGCCUCACUUAAAGAAGUCACCACAGCUGACUUUGUGAUGUCACAAGUGGCACACACACGUGAACACAGGAAAAGUGUGCACGUAAUGCUUUGUAUAAAGAAUAUCUGGGGCGAGAGUUAUUCCUCUGAACAUCAGCACUGUGUGAUAACAUUCAUACGAGCUAAAUCACAUUCUGAUUUGUUGUUGUUGGUUCAGGAUUUGUUGAUACAGAACUAAUUAUCAUCUGACGUCAUUGGAAAGAGGUACAUUCCAGUGAUCAUAAUGGAAGCUUUUCUGCAAGACUGUAAAUUCAUUAAUUGGUGUUUGGAUGAAAUGAGGAGUUGCUGUAAAUGCCAAACAAGCCACCGUCAAGCCUGCUGCACACAGUUCACACUGCCAAACACACACACCACCACACACACACAGAGUAUUUUGUACAGGUCUGCACUCAUUAUGACAUAUUUACUGUAUUUGUGAGAUGGGGUUAUUAUUAAAUUAUUAGAGAAGAGUUUAUAAAUACCUGUAAAUAUUUAUUUGGUGCUUGCUGUGUUGUAAAUGAUUUGGGAAAUUGUUUUAGAGACUUUUUCUAUGUUACCAAGUACUUCAUUUUUAUGUACUUUGACAGAACAAAAGGAACCAAUUUUAAAAUGUUUUGCUUUUUCUUUAAAUUAAUAAUAAAGACUUUAAUGGAAAAG